AUGGACAACGAGGAAAUAUUCACGACGAGCUUCCUCGCGGGACGCAAGCGGAUUUUUGUGGACGUGAAGGAAAACCACGCCGGCACGUACCUCAAGAUCAAGGAGCGCGGCGACUCGCAGUCGAACUCCAUCCUCAUUCCGAGCGGGUCCAUCGUGGAGCUGCGCGACGCGCUCGACGAGGCCGUGCAGGCCCUGGGCGCGCUUGACACGGACCGUGUGGCGGACGAGGGCGGCGGCGCCUCGCCGGCCAAUCAGUGCGUAUGUCACGUCGGUAAUCUCUCUUGGGAGACGACGGACGAAACGCUCCACGAGCUCUUCAGCGGCUACGGCGAGGUCGUCUCGGCCGAGGUGCAGAUGUCGCGCACGAAUUCCAGCCGCUCGCAGGGCUGGGGGCUCGUGGAGUUCGCCUCCGCCGCCGAGGUCGAGUACGCCAUCAGUCAAUGCGACGGCCUCGACUUGGACGGUCGCGAGAUCCGCGUCCGCGCGGACAAGGGCUCGGGGACGGGGCCGAAGGGCCACGCGGCCAAACUGAAGGAGGCCAUGCCGAAGAAGACCCGGCGCCACGUCGCCGACAAGGUCGUGGACCCGCACCGCGUCUUCGUGAUGAACCUCAACUUCGACACGACGGAGGACGAACUCGCGGACCACUGCGCGUCGAGCGGCGAGGUUGCCUCCGUCGAGCUCCUCACGCGCGGCCGGGCCCAGCGCCCGUCGGGCUCGGCCGUCGUCGAGUACCGCUACGCCGAGGCCGCCGCCGCCGCCGUGGACGCGCUCGAGGGCACGGAGCUCGACGGGCGCGACCUGCGCGUGCGGGCGUACUUCUCCAACUAA